GUGAAAGUUGGGCUGGAGAUGGAUUAGUUAAUAAAAAAAACCUCUCCUCAGUCCUCCCUCGGUCAGGUCAUUGGGGCCUGGGCCUGAGGCGCGUUGUCGGGGAAUUUGAAAUUCAAAAGUUUCCGUUGGGGCAACGACUUUUUUCCUUUAUUAUUUAUUAUUUUGAUUUCCAAAGGAACGGACUGAACGGUUGUAUAAAUAAAUAAAUAAACCUGACGAGUGUUUUGAGAGAACAGAAGAAGAAAGAAGAAAAGAGAACGAGGGGUUGGGUUUUGAGUUGAGAGAAUCAAAGAAAUGGAGAAGCAAAGGCAGAUAGUGGGAUCGUCAGCAAUGGAGGCAUUUGAGAAGCUGGAGAAGGUGGGAGAGGGAACAUACGGAAAGGUGUACAGAGCAAGAGAGAGAGCGACUGGAAAGAUCGUAGCCCUAAAGAAGACUCGUCUCCACGAGGACGAUGAAGGCGUUCCUCCCACCACUCUCCGCGAGGUCUCCAUCUUGCGCAUGCUCUCUCGGGAUCCCCAUGUUGUCAGAUUGAUGGAUGUGAAGCAAGGGCAGAACAAAGAAGGAAAGACGGUUCUCUACUUGGUUUUUGAGUACAUGGACACUGAUCUCAAGAAAUUCAUCCGCUCUUUUCGCCAAUCUGGAGACCACAUUCCUGUUAACACCGUCAAGAGCUUGAUGUAUCAACUUUGCAAAGGCGUUGCCUUCUGCCACGGCCAUGGAGUUUUACACAGGGACCUUAAGCCUCACAAUCUCCUCAUGGAUAGAAAGACCAUGACGCUUAAAAUAGCUGAUCUUGGCCUAGCCCGAGCUUAUACACUUCCCAUUAAGAAGUACACUCACGAGAUACUGACCCUGUGGUAUAGAGCACCUGAAGUCCUUUUGGGGGCUACUCAUUAUUCAACUGCUGUGGAUAUGUGGUCUGUCGCCUGUAUAUUUGCUGAGCUGGUCACCAAACAAGCCCUGUUUCCCGGAGAUUCUGAACUGCAACAGCUUCUUCAUAUUUUCAGGUUAUUGGGUACUCCAAAUGAACAAGUGUGGCCGGGAGUCAGCUCACUACCAAACUGGCAUGAGUACCCCCAAUGGAACCCUCAGAGUCUGUCAUCAGCUGUUUCUAACUUGGAUAGUGAUGGGCUACAUCUCUUAUCACAUAUGUUGCAGUAUGAUCCCUCAAAGCGAAUUUCAGCCAAAAAAGCUAUGGAACAUCCUUACUUUGCCGAUUUGAACAAGGCCUAUCUUUGAACAGCUAA